AACUGAUGCGCUGGCCCUUAUUCUCCCCCUAAUCGCCUCCUUCCGUUUUCUUUAUUUUAACGAACGAAUACGCGAACCCCACUCAGACACUCUGUCACCUGUGUGCACAUUCCUCUUCCUUUCCCAAAGCCGACAAUUUUCUUCUGUCUUAAGAGCUCAACAUAAACACAUACGUUUCCCCCUCGCGCUUUUGCAUUCAUCUGAUUGAACUUUUCCUAUCCCAAAUCGACUCAUAGUCGAUUGAACUCCAUAUUGAUUCGAGUAGCUGUGAUUGGUUGCUUCUGAUUCUUGAUUGGUUGAUUGGUUUUCUUUACAGAUUGCAAAAUUUGUUAUGAAGCUUAUGAGUGAGUGAUUUAAUGGGCUUUAUUUGUUACUGAUUCGUUGUGGAUUUUGAUUCUUGAUAAAAGAUGCGCCGGCGGGCUGCCGACUACCGGCGCCGGGUUCGAAGGAAGAUUUCAAUUUGGAUCUGGGUGUUUCUUGGGUUGUUCUCUGUUGCUGGAUUUGUUCUAAUUGUUCUUCAACACAAUUAUCAAGAUCAAGAUCGCGUUGAAACGCAUGUAUUGGAGCGAAAGGCUAGAAAUGUACAAGUUCCUCACACGAAGCUGAAUCUAACAAAUGAGAUAGCAAGACCCAAUUCAUACACCCGCCAACUGCUCGACCAAAUGACACUAGCAAAAGCUUAUGUAGUCUUAGCAAAAGAACACAAUAACCUUCAUCUCGCAUGGCAACUAAGUUCAAAAAUAAGAACCUGCCAAUCUCUACUCUCAAAAGCUGCCAUGAAUGAAGAACCCAUCAUGGAAGAAGAAGCAGAACCCCUCAUCACCACUUUAUCAUCCCUAAUCUUAAAAUCACAAGAUCACCAUUAUGACAUCGCAACCACAAUGAUGACAAUGAAAUCACAUAUUCAAGCACUUGAAGAACGGGCAAACGCAGCCACUGUUCAAGCUGCUUUUUUCGGGCAGUUAGCAGCUGAAUCGGUGCCCAAGAAUCUUCAUUGUGUAAAUGUUAAACUUUUAGCAGAUUGGUUUUCUAAAAAGACAAUCCGCGACUUUGUGGAAGAGAAGAAAAACUCUCCAAGAUUACUCGACAACAAUCUUUACCAUUUCUGUUUGUUUUCCGAUAACUUACUGGCGGUCAACGCGGUGGUCAACUCCACUGUCUCCAACACCGACCACCCAAAACAGCUCGUGUUCCAUGUGGUCACUAGCGAACCUAAUUAUGCCACCAUGGAAGCUUGGUUUGUGACUAAUGACUUCAAAGGGUCAAUGAUUGAAGUACAAAAAGUCCAAGAUUUGACUUGGUUGAACGCUUCUUAUUCCCCCGUGGUUGGAAAAUUAACCCAAAAAAACGAAUCUUUAUUAAAUUAUUUACGGUUUUACAUCCCAGAAAUCUACCCCCACCUUGAAAAAAUCGUGUUUCUUGAUGAUGAUGUGAUCGUUCAGAAAGAUUUAACCCCGUUAUUCUCGUUGGAUCUUCAUGGGAAUGUAAACGGCGCUGUUGAAACAUGUCUGGAUGGUUUUCAUCGUUUAUACAAAUAUUUGAACUUUUCAAACCCGGUUUUGAGCUCCAAGAUUGACCCGCAGGGUUGUGGGUGGGCUUUCGGGUUAAAUGUUUUUGAUUUGGUGGCAUGGAGGAAUGCUAAUGUAACAGGUGUGUAUCAUUAUUGGGAAGAACAGAAUUCGAAUGUGGGUUCGAAUUUGUGGAAGUUGGGGACUUUGCCGGCAGGACUUUUGGCCUUUUAUGGGCGGACAGAGCCACUUGACCGGAGGUGGCAUGUGUUGGGAUUAGGGUUUGAUGUUGGGAUUGAUAAUCGGCUUAUAGAAAGUGCAGCUGUAAUUCAUUUUAAUGGGAAUUUGAAGCCAUGGUUGAAGUUUGCAAUUGGGAAGUAUAAGCCGUUAUGGGAAAGGUAUGUGGAUAUGGGUCAUCCUUAUCUUGUUGAUUGUGUUACGAGUUGACAGGUUGGUGAUAGUGUAGGGUUGGAAAUAGAAAAUUUUGGGGUUUUUAUAAGUUACAUUCUUUUGGUAUAUUUUUGGUGGAGGGAGGAGUGCUUUUUUUUGUAGACAUUUGAAAGAAAUAUAUUGUUUCUACGUAGCAACCAAACAAAACAAAAGUAG